GCAUAAACGGUAAGCACAUGAAUGUCUUGUUUGUAGUCCUAAGUGGUUUAGGGGACUAUUCUGUAUCAUUUUAUUAUUCGUAUUAGUGUCCGUUAGGGCCAACCUUCCCCAUCGCCCAUUUUACUUCCCAGCUUCUAUAGAGAAAUCCAUUCCUGUCUGUUCAUGAUCACGAUACAAUAAUGCAGCCUAACGGUAAACCAAUGUUUAAAAGUUCUGUUUCUGCUUCAUCGCAGUCGUCACUGCCCAUAAGAGGGCGAAAUAUUUGUGAUCAAAACUUAAACAAAAUAAAAAACUCAGACGUGAGUCUUUCAGCAUUUGCGUUUCUGUUCAGCGAGUUGAUUCAACGGACACAAUCUCGAGUUACUGGAAUACAGGAUUUUGAAGAGAGACUUAAUGAACAUGGAUUCCGUGUGGGACAGCGUUUAGUUGAAUUAGUCGUUUGGAGAGAGCGUAGUCCAAAACGUGAAACUCGAGUUCUCGGUAUUUUGCAGUUUAUUCACUCUUCUUUAUGGAAACAACUUUUUGGAAAACACGCAGACUCUCUUGAAAAGUCGAAAGACGUGAACGAUGAAUACAUGAUUGUGGAUAAUAGUCCUGUUUUCAACAAAUUCAUAUCCGUUCCCAAGAACAUGAACCAGCUCAACUGUUGUGCUUAUCUUGCCGGAAUCGUUGAAGGAUUUCUCACUAGUGCUCAAUUCCCUUGCAAAGCAACUGCACAUACUGUCCCACUCCCAAGUUACCCAUCUCGGACAGUAAUUCUCGUAAAAUUACAUUCGUCUGUCCUACGGAGAGAAGAAUAUUUGGGUUGAAGCAUUUAGUUUCCGACUUUUCAAUUAUAAGAUAUGAACAAGACCGGAAUUUGUAUCGCGAACAUGACAUAUCACUCAAAGACAUUCUUUCAAACGUUCCACUCCAUUCCCACAGUGUAUCUAAUUGUUCUGUACCCGGCUCUUCCUAUUUUCUUGUCUUCAACCAUUUCUGCUACUACUACUACUACUUGGAGCUACUUCACCACUUGGUAAAUCAGCCAACUACCAUUAUAGAAAACACUAAAAAUUCAGUCAUUUUUGUCGAUCGUACGGGUAUAUAGUGAGUGAUCUGUCUCA